AAUAUAUAUUCCUCCACCUUUAUAUAUCUGCUCCUCUGAUUCUUUCGUACAAUCACCGCUAACUCACGAGUUUGUUUCAUCCUUUGCAAGAAAAACAAGAACUGGUGCUAGAAGUUGAAGUUUGAAGAAAAAUGGGAGGCGGAAAGGACAAGCAUGAUGACCAUGAGAAAGGGCUAUUUUCUCAUGGUCACUAUCCCCCAGGUCAAUAUCCUCCUCCACCAGGUGCUUAUCCUCCACAUGGUGGUUAUCCUCCAGCUCAAGGGUAUCCACCAGCAGGAUAUCCUCCUCAGGGGUACCCACCAUCUGGAUACCCUCCCCAAGGCUACCCUCCAUCAGGUUAUCCUGGAGGACCAUCAGCUCCACAUCACUCAGGGCAUGGACCUGGCAUGGGGGCAUUGCUUGCUGGAGGUGCUGCAGCUGCAGCAGCAGCUUAUGGCGCGUCUCAUCUGGCCCAUGGUUCUCAUAUGGGGCAUGGUGGACAUGGUGGCUACGCACAUGGCGGCCAUAUUCCUGGGGGUCACUAUGGACAUGGAAAAUUCAAGCAUGGCAAGCAUGGAAAGCAUGGAAUGUUUGGCCAUGGAAAAUUCAAGCAUGGCAAGCAUGGAAAGCAUGGAAUGUUCGGAGGAGGGAAGUUCAAGAAGUGGAAGUAAGACUGAUCGUGUAAUUGGGCUUAUAGAUUCUGAUUGCCUUCUGUAAUCUUUAGUUUUGCAAAUAAAUAGACAAAUGAUGCAUCCUGGCACAUGUGCAUGCUUAGGUGCAUCUUACCGUGUUUCUUAAAGUAUAAUAUGCUUUUGUUAGCUUCAAUGUCUAAUUAAUGGGAGCUAACCUGUCCUUCUUUAACAGAUUUGAGUACAUUAGAUAAAUAGUAGUCUGAAUUAUUAGCUACAUCUUGUGUUUCAUUCUACAUCCAAGUUACAGUAACAGAGGGCUUGUGGAUGGUGUAAAUGUAUCAUCAUUUGUUUCAUGCGUACGAUUUCCUUGCA